AAGAGCAGUUUCUCUACUCCCUCUGCUCUGCUCUGCUCUGCUGCUUCGCAUAGUUCACCUCAUCCAUCUGUUCAUCAAGAUCAAGAAGAGAGAUCGAUCAUGGGCGCCGCCACCUGCAUCGACAUCAUCCUCGCCAUCAUCCUCCCGCCCCUCGGCGUCUUCCUCAAGUUCGGUUGCGGGAUUGAGUUCUGGAUCUGCCUCUUGCUCACCUUCCUGGGGUACAUCCCCGGCAUACUCUACGCCCUCUACGUCCUCACUCAGUAGAAUCAACUGGUUCCUAUAUGUAUUUUUCUUUCCUGAUGAUGCAAAUUCCUAUGGUGUUUCCUUGGACUGUAUGAAGAUGAAGACGAAGCUCUCUGUAUAUGUAUUAUGUAUGGGUGUUCCCAGAUGGGAGUUUCUUUGUAAAAGUAUGAUCCCUGUAGAAGUUUGCAAUCUGUGACAAGUAUCUACACGAGUUUGUUUCUCACUUGUUGCCUCAGCUUUUCCUCUAUAAAUAAAGAAGCAUCGGGUUUCUACUGUGAA